GUCGAUUAGGUUAUGAUUUGAUGUUGAUGCGUGAUGUUCAGAAUCUGCUGUUCCAUUGUAUGACUCUUGCUUGUUUGAUUACGUGUUUUUUGUUGAACAAGUUAAGUUAGUUACAAAAUUUGGGAUCUUUAAUUUCGUCGAAGUAUCAGAAGAUCCUAUCAUUGUCAGUGCAAUUUCGCAUUUUAUCGUUUGGAAGAAACUUCGAAGUUCAGCCACAGAAAAGCCAAAAUUAAGAAUGGCAGGAAAACAAAACCAAGAAGAGCUAGCAACAGCAAUAUUGAAGACCAAACAGAAACCUAAUCGAUUGUUGGUAGAAGAAGCUGUGAAUGAUGAUAAUUCUGUUGUUGAUCUUUCACAGACAAAAAUGAAUGAUCUUCAGUUGUUUCGUGGUGACACUAUAUUAUUGAAAGGCAAGAAACGGCGUGAAACUGUUUGCAUUGUGCUUUCAAACGAUAAUGUUCCCCAUGAGAAAAUUCGUAUGAACAGAUGUGUCAGAAACAAUUUGCGUGUGAGACUUGGUGAUGUUGUUAAUAUCCAACCUUGUCCUGAUGUUAAAUACGGUAAAAGGAUUCAUGUGUUACCUAUAGAUGAUACUGUGGAAGGUCUUACAGGGAGUUUAUUUGACGUGUACUUAAAACCUUACUUCUUAGAAGCAUAUAGGCCCAUACAUAAGGGUGAUUUAUUCAUUGUUAGAGGAGGCAUGCGUGCAGUUGAAUUUAAAGUUGUGGAAACUGAUCCUAGUCCAUAUUGUAUAGUAGCUCCUGAUACUGUGAUUCACUGUGAAGGUGAUCCCAUUAAAAGAGAGGAAGAAGAAGAAACUCUAAAUGCCGUUGGUUAUGAUGAUGUUGGUGGCUGUAGAAAGCAGCUUGCCCAAAUUAAAGAAAUGGUUGAAUUACCUCUUAGACAUCCCAGUCUCUUUCGUGCUAUUGGCGUUAAACCACCUAGGGGUAUUCUGCUGUACGGUCCUCCCGGCACGGGUAAAACUCUUAUUGCUAGAGCUGUGGCUAAUGAAACUGGAGCUUUCUUCUUUUUAAUUAAUGGACCUGAAAUAAUGAGCAAGUUGGCUGGAGAAUCUGAAAGCAAUUUGCGAAAGGCAUUUGUGGAGGCUGAAAAGAACGCUCCUUCUAUAAUUUUCAUUGAUGAACUGGAUGCAAUUGCUCCCAAAAGAGAAAAGACACAAGGUGAAGUAGAAAGGCGAAUUGUGUCCCAACUAUUGACACUGAUGGAUGGUCUUAAACAAAGAUCCCAUGUCAUUGUAAUGGCUGCAACUAACAGGCCAAACAGCAUUGAUGCAGCUUUGAGACGAUUUGGUCGAUUUGAUCGUGAAGUUGAUAUUGGUAUUCCUGAUGCUACUGGCCGGCUUGAAAUUUUAAGAAUUCAUACUAAGAACAUGAAAUUGGCAGAUGAUGUUGAUUUAGAAAAGAUUGCUGCUGAAACUCAUGGCUUUGUUGGCUCUGAUCUUGCUGCCCUGUGUUCUGAAGCUGCAUUGCAGCAAAUUCGUGAAAAAAUGGAUUUGAUUGAUCUUGAAGAUGAACAAAUUGAUGCUGAAGUCCUGAAUUCACUUGCUGUUACAAUGGAUAACUUUAGGUGGGCUAUGGGCAAAAGCAGUCCUAGUGCUUUACGUGAAACUGUUGUUGAAGUUCCAACUGUGACAUGGGAAGAUAUUGGUGGCUUGGAACCAGUUAAAAAAGAAUUGCAAGAAAUGAUUCAAUAUCCCGUUGAAUAUCCUGAUAAGUUCUUGAAAUUUGGUAUGACUCCAUCAAGAGGUGUUCUGUUUUACGGCCCACCUGGAUGUGGUAAAACUCUGUUGGCCAAAGCAAUAGCAAAUGAGUGUCAAGCUAAUUUCAUAUCUGUGAAAGGUCCUGAACUUCUUACUAUGUGGUUUGGUGAAUCUGAAGCAAAUGUUAGAGACAUUUUUGAUAAGGCACGUGCCGCUGCACCUUGUGUGCUAUUUUUUGAUGAGUUAGAUUCGAUUGCCAAGGCUAGAGGCGGCAAUAUUGGUGAUGCAGGUGGAGCUGCAGACAGAGUUAUUAACCAAAUAUUGACAGAAAUGGAUGGCAUGAGUAGUAAAAAGAAUGUUUUCAUUAUUGGUGCAACAAACAGGCCAGAUAUCAUUGAUCCAGCAAUUCUAAGGCCUGGAAGGUUAGAUCAGCUCAUAUACAUUCCAUUGCCUGAUGAUAAAUCUAGGGAAUCGAUUUUAAAAGCAAAUCUUCGAAAGUCUCCUAUUUCCAAGAGUGUGGAGCUUCCUUACAUUGCAAAGGUCACUCAAGGAUUCAGUGGAGCAGAUUUGACAGAAGUAUGCCAGCGUGCCUGUAAGUUAGCUAUCCGAGAAUCUAUUGAAGCUGAAAUUAAAAAAGAGAAAGAAAAGCAACAAAAUCCUGAAGCUGCUUCUGCAAUGGACACUGAUGAUUAUGAUCCUGUCCCAGAAAUCAGACGUGAUCAUUUUGAAGAAGCUAUGAAAUUUGCACGGAGAUCAGUCAGUGAUAAUGACAUUAGGAAAUAUGAAAUGUUUUCUCAAACAUUACAGCAAAGUAGAGGCUUUGGAUCGAAUUUUAGGUUUCCUUCAUCACAAACAUCAAAUGGAGCUUCGCAAGGGGCACAAAACUACGACAUUCAAGAAGAUGGUGAUGAUGAUUUGUAUAGCUAAAGUUUCAUCUGGAAUAGCAGAUUCAACAUUAAAGUUUUGUGAUGGGUUUAAUCUAAAUUUGUUUUCUCAAAGAAAAAGGCACUGUUUCUACUGUAAGCUAUUUUAGAGCUCCCUACUCGGGCUCAGCUCCUGGAUUUUUAUUCCCAUGAACAUUGUUUUAAGUGAAGAACACUACAAAGUAUCCAUUAUUUUUUGUUUGAAUUUUGCUGAUGCAGAAAUGAAUGCUUCUGGAAAGCAAGUAAUGUAUAAAACAGGCACAAAAUAGAAAGUACAUAAAAAUUGGGCUGUCGCCUUUUCAGCUAUUUUAUUUCUUUUUGACAGUUCUUGUUUAAUAAAAUCAUUUGUACAAUCUAAAUUUUAGCUCAUUUUUAUUUGUGUAAGCAAUUAACAUAUUUUGUUUGGUAUAAAGUUUUCAUUUUUUGUACUUGACAUUUUGGUUGUUGUACUGUAUUUUGUAAACAUCAUUAAACAUUGAUUACAAAAAAAAAUAAUAAACUAUGCCGUUGCAUUUUA